AUGGCCCGGUCUGAUCUGUUUUUUACACUGCGAUACGACGCUAGGGGGCAAAGGGGUUUCACUAAUUUGCAAAAAUGUAUGUCGUCCAUUCGCCAACUGGCAUAUGGUUACACACCCGAUGCAUUAGACGAGUAUUAUGGAUGUCCGAAAGAACCGCACGUCUAUGUUUGCACAGGUUUUGCGAAUGGGUUGUCAAAUUAUAUAGCAAAAGAUACCUGCGGAGACCAAACGCAAACGACGUUCAAAAAUUAUAUCAAGCACACGAACAAAGACAUGGUUUUUCAGGAAUGCUCGGGAGCAUUGAUUGCAUGCACUGGCCGUGGCAGAACUGCCCUACUGCCUGGCAAGUCACAGAUAUUUGACAAUGUAGUGGCGGGAACAAGUCCAGACACAAGUUUUACGGUUUCGGGGGUGGAAUACAGGCGAGGUUACUACCUUGCAGAUGGAAUAUACCCAACGUACUCGACAAUUGUUAAAACUAUUCCGCACCCGACAGACGAUAAAAGAAAAAAAAUUGCGAAGUAUCAAGAGGGUGCGAGAAAAGAUAUUGAAUGGGCUUUUGGGGUACUACAAAAAAUGACAUAUCAUUGA